AUGGCUGGUCUGUUCUCAUCCAAAAAGUCCAAAAAGGAAAAGGAGGAAAAGGCCGCUGCCGCCAAAAAUGCUGCCGCCAUAGCCGCUGUCUCUUCCGCUACUUCUAACCAUGCGCCCUCGGUGACCACAACAACCUCUGGAGGAAACGGGUCUAUUGCUUCCUCAACCACCAUGGCACCCCCACCAAACAGCGUAGGCAAGCAACAACAACAACAGACGAACAAUAAUGCCAUCAACCCUAACAACAACUCUACAGUGCUGACAAGUACGACACUUUCAAUGACCCCGGCUUCGUCUUCGACUUCCUCUGUACCAGUGCACCUGCGUGAAAACUCGUCCGCCAGCCUAGACUAUUCUCCCCAACAGCACCAACAACAAAAAUUGAACAACAAGUCGUCCGUUGACAGCGACAAGAGGAUGUAUCACAUCCAACAGCAGCAACACCAAUACCAGCUCCAACAGCAUUCAACUCUUCAACAACCACAGACAAACAGCAAUGGAGGUAGCACUGGAAGCAACUUGGUGUCGGCUUCGUCGAUUUCGACCCACGACUCGUUUGCACAUUUGUCGUCAAGCAACGGACCCUGGAUCUCGGCCCAAGUGAUGUCGCCCAGCCCUUUCCCCCGGUUCUCUCAUACGGCGUCCUAUGUCCAGACGGGAACCGAUAUUUAUGUCUUCGGUGGAGUUGUCAAGGGUUCUGCUCAGCGGGACAUGCAUGUCAUUGACUCUCAAUCCCUUCAUAGCCAGCUCCUCCCUGUCGGAGGAGGUGACUCUCCACCUUCCACCUCAGGACACACCGCCGUCACCCUGGGUCACUACAUCAUGUAUUUUGGCGGCAAGGAUGCAAAGAACAAGUGCAGUGACGCCCUCUAUGUCCUCCACACCAUUCGCAAGGAGUGGAACAAGCCCACUAUCCUCGGUCUCUUGCCUGCACCUCGCCAUUCGCAUGCCGCCUGUGUGAUCGGAACAACGCUCUACGUCUUUGGAGGACAGUUCAACGGAUACUACCUCAACGACGUUGCCUGCUUCGACAUGAAGUCCCUAAACACUUCGAACCCAAGGUGGAAUCGAUUGGAGCCCGCAUCUGAGCUACCCCCUGCACGUGCUGGCCAUUGUGCGGCGGCCCACGAUGGCAAGGUGUACAUUUUCGGAGGAGCAGACGACCAAUUCUUCUACAACGACAUUUGGUGCUACGACCCACAGACCAACAAGUGGGAGGCUGUACCAGCGUUUGGUGUCUUGCCAACAAGUCGCCAGGGACAUGCUGCCAGUGUUGUUGACGAUACCAUGUACAUCUACGGAGGCAUGAACCAUGAAGACCAGCUCCUCGGCGACCUCUCCGCUUUCAAGUUCAACGAUCGUCGGUGGUUGACAUUCCCGGACACUGUAGAUUCGGCACCCCCCAGGACAGAGCAUGCAAUGUGCAGUGUUGGAGACAGGAUCUAUAUUCUUGGUGGGCAGCUGGAACUGAACACUGAGGAGGAUGGAUCCAUAUACAUCCUUGACACCACCAAGAUUAGAUAUCACGAACCCUCAUUGGGUCCUCGGUCUGGUUACGACAACGAUAGCGGCCUGCGCGUCGAUGCCGCACUCGACGACUCCAACUCCUCCUUUCCACGACCUACUCCCUCCCCCGACUCUAUCCGCCACUCUAAUGAUGUCAACAACAACAACCAAGACUCUCGUCGUGCCCCUCAACAACAGCAACAGCAGACCAUAAUCAACUCAGACGAGCAGUACAUCCAACAACAAAAUGGCAAUGCCUCUGCUCGCUUUGCAGAUGAUUCCAACGUUGUAUCGUCUCCUCCCCAGUCACAGACCCGCGUUAGCUUGGAUGCCGCUGAUGGCCAGGUCUUUAGACGACGCACGGUAGGCAAGACUGGCAGCUACACCAUCCAUGAGGUCGAGCCUCGAGGUACUCAAUCGAUUGACGAGACUCGCCGUCCCAGCAUGACCGAUCAAGAUUACUACGAGCGGGAUUCUCCUCGGUCACAGAACCAGCGGCCACUCCAGCCCCUUCAGUACAACAGCGCCCAGUAUGCCAAUCUCCAGCAAUCACAGUCGCAACAACAGUCACAGGAUGUUGGACGUAGGCGCUCUUUGACAGACAACAAGAACCGUGGAUCGCUCAACCCACCUCCUCGUGCAUCUCUUGAGCAAUCGCGUGCGUCCUCCCAACCCAGUCAGGAUUCCACCUCGCCCUUGUCAUCUCAGGAAAUCCAAUACAACUCCAAGGAUGCGGAGAUCCGCGAUCUCAAGCAGCGUGAGCAGUGGCUCUUGGCUGAGGUUGCAAUGACUCGCAAGAAGACGGGUGAGCGCCCCCUCAGUAUGACUUUGGCCCUUAAGGAUAGCCUGGGCUUGUUCGAGGCAGACCGGGACUCGGAAAAGUACAAGAUUAUGCAGGCGCUGUUGAGCUGCAAGGCGGAGCUGGAGCGUUCCAAGAGCUCGAUUGUGGCUCAGGCCCAAGUCGCGUCCAACAAACUGCGGGAAGCCGAGAGGAUUCGUACCGCGGCUCUGCAGGAGGCUGCUUACCUCAAGGCCAAAGUCUCUGCUCUCCAGUCUGGCGAGGUCUCUGCUUUGGUAUCGACCGAGACUGCCCGUGCGGUUGAUCUUGAGAAGCGGUUGACAACUGCUUUGGGACAGGUCGAUAGGCUGCAGUCGCAGCAGGCCCAGCAUGAGGCGCUUUUGGAACGGGAGCGUCAUGGACGUGAGACUGCUCAGGAGAGAGCUCGCCAGGCGUCGGCGGCUGCGGAGGAGGCCCAGCAGGCACGGACUCGAUCCUUGACAGAUAUGACAUCGCUCCAUGAGCGUGCUUCAGUCGCCGAGGGUAGUUUGAGAGAGGUUGAGGCUAAGCAUGCAUCAAGCGAGGCCCGUCUUUCGAGCUACCAACAACAAUCGACGGCCUUGUUCUCUCAAAUCUCGGGACUCAAGACGACUGUGGACCACCAGAAAAAGUCGUUGGAGAAGGCCAAGUUGGCUUACUCUGUCGCGAACGACCGAGCGGAGCAUGCGGAUCGUCUCUGGACUCAGGCUCGUCAGGAGAUUGACCAUACCCAGAUGGAGUUUGCUAGUGCGCGCGCAGACUUUGAGCGUGCCCAGCGUGAGGCUGACCAUUGGAAGACCAAGGCCCAGGAGACGGAUCUGCUGUGGCAAAAGGCCAAGAGCGAGAACGAGGCGAUGAGGACUUUGUUGGAGGAGGACAUGAAUGCUUCGUACAGCCCUGGCGCCAACGCCCGCAAGCACGACAGCAUCAUGGCGAUCACUUCGGCGUCACGUGUUGCAGAGUUAGAGCAUGAGCUCGGCACAUUGAGACACUUGUUGAAAGAGUCCCAGGCUGCAGCCGCUCAGGCCAACAAGGAUCUUGGAGAGUCGAUGCUCAGGAUCUCGCAGUUGGAGUCGACGUCGAUGUCGGCUAGGACCGAGGCUGGGGAGGCUCAGCGUCAGCUGUCGACUGCUGAAGACAGGGUUGCGUCAUUGGAGGCUCAGGUCAACCAGAAGGAGGAGGCUCUGGAGGAGAUGGCCAAGGAGCAGGAAAACAACGAGGUCCAAUUGGGUGUUCUUCGCGGUGUUAUGCGCGAGAACGGCUUGCUGGCCGACGAUCUGAUCUUGGAUGCCUUGAGCCAGGGACUCACUGGCCAGUCUUCUGCUAAUGGAGCUGUGACGAUGACUGGAUUGAAGACCAAGGUUCAGGAGGCCGAGAGGAUUGCCCAAGAGUCAAGACAGCAGCUGGAAGAGAUGUCAGUUCUCAAGAUGCACCAAGAGGAGCGCAUUCAGCAGUUGCAGGCCGAUUACCAGACCGCCGUCCACUAUGUCCAGGGAUCAGAGACCAUGGUUAAGAGACUCCGUGAUGAGGCCCAGGCUGCCAAGGCUGAGAAGGAGGUGAUUCAGAAGGCCUUGCAGGAGAUGGAGGCUGCUCAUGGUCAGGCGCGCGAGGUUCAAGCCUCCGCUGGCCAGGCCGCCGUGGCUGCUACCACCCAGUUGGAGGAAGAGGUGACGGAGCUUCACCGCCAGUUGCAUGACUCGAUGGGUCGGUCGAUGGAGUUGGAGCAAAAGAUGGAGGAGAUGACGAGGGCACUUCAGAAUUCCGAGAGUCAGGUCGAGGUCACCCAGGCCGAGUUGAAGACGUUGAAGUCGAAGCACCAUGAGCACAAGAAGCAGGGUGCUAUCUCGACCGAGACCUUUAAGGCCAAGGUUGAGGAGUUGGAAAAUGCUUUGGAGGAGACACAAGCUUCGUUGGCCGAGACGAGACAUCAGCUCGAGUUGACACAGUACGAGUUGGAGCAGUCUCAUGCGUUGAACACUAGCACCGGUCGCGAGUUGGAGGAUGCGUUGACGGCUGUCAAGUCGCACCAGGAGGCGUUGGCUGCCCAACAGGCCGUCGCUGCUGCUGCUCAGGGUCACUCGGAGACGAAGAGCGAGGAGGCAUUGGACUCUGACAGGAAGCGUGCUCAGGCUUUGGCUGCCCACCAGGAGGAGCUCGAGUUGGUGAUCGAGAAUGCUCACAAGACCAUCCAGGAGCUUCAGUCGACCAACAUUGAUCUGGAGCAGCAGUUGAAGGCCUCGGAAAACAAGAUUGCGAUUCUCCUGGACAACUUUCAGGGACCGGAGUCUGUCCGCAACAGCAUGGCCAGUCUGAACGGAAACGAUGACUUGAUCCAACGGUUGAUGGAGGCUAACCAUCAUACUGGAGUUGGCUCAGGGCGGUCGUAUCUGACACCCAUGUCGCAUGGAUCUCAUUCGACUGAUCGGUCCUCGGCUGAUUCGUUGGCCAACGAGUUGGAACUGUUGAGGUCGAACUGGGGCCAGGCCCAGGUGAACGGUAGCCCUUACCGUCCCCCUGCUAUCGCCACUGGCGGCUCGCCACCAGCACCAGCACCAGCACCAGCGCCAGUAGUAGCCGAGGACGAUCAUGAUGCUGUCGAGAUUGUACAUGCAGUUUCGGUAGUACCAGCAACCGCCACUGCUACUACUACCACAGCAGCAGCCGCAGCAGCAUCACUGCUGUCACCCACUUCUGCACCCUCGUCUCCUAUUGCCCUCAAGUCGCCCGUUGUGGAUAACAAGAGCAGUAGCAAUAGUCCUACCGUCGCCAACUUCCCCACCGCCCCUACCGCCACUGCCUCCUCACCCACUGCCGCUGCACCUGCCAGCAGCAGUAGCACAUCUGCACAAAAGUUGGAGGAGUACGAGCGAAUGAUUGAGGAUAUGGCUCAUCAGCGGCGACAGUAUGAGGAGUAA